CCAACCAAAGGAGAUAUCCAGUAUCCACAGACCUCUGGAGUGGCUACUGAGACCUCUGAUAAGGCGUGAAGAUUUGUGCUUUGAUCAAAGGCUUUUAUUUGAUUGGAAUUUAGGCUAGCUGACCAUCUUUAUCUUAAGUCCAUUCCUCAGUUUGGAUGACCUCGCAUCUCAUAAAUGCGCAGUUUAUCAAGGAUAAACCAAGACAGCCAUUACUCUUGUUUUUCCAAAGCAUCGUGAAGGAGAUCAGAUUCCUGCUUUUCAGUGAAAGAGCCCUCGUCCAUCCCAACAUCAUUCUUCAUUAAAUAGAGCACCAACCUAAAUUUGGAUGUCUAACACAGAUUAAACAAAUCUCAGGAAGCAGUGGGGCAAGUCCUCAGCUUUGGAACUUGGCAACUUCUUUAGUUGACCCCUGACUUUUGAGGUUCUGAUCAUCCACAUCUGGCACCAUGGGAACUGUGCUAUCACUGUCUCCCAGCUACCGGAAGGCUGCCUUGUUUGAGGAUGGUCCGGCAACCGUGGGCCAAUACACGGCAGUUCAGAACAGCAAGAACGCCAAAGACAAGAAUCUAAAACGCCACCCGCUCAUCAACGUAUUCCCAUGGAAACGGAUAGUGGCUGUCUCGGCUAAGAAAAAGGGUUCUAAGAAGGUACAGCCUAAUACCACCUACCAAAACAAUGUUUCUCACCUCAACAAUGAGAACCUCAAGAAGUCGCAGUCUUGUGCGAAUCUCGCCUCUAUUACCCAGGACCAGACAAGUCCAUCAAACCAAGGCUCUAAAAAUUCCAACAAUACAACUUCAUCUGUCAAGAAGGCACCUCUUUCCAACUCCAAAGUGGUCCCUGGAACACCCAAGAGGGUGAUUGUUCAAGCCUCCACUAGUGAGCUGCUGCGUUGUCUUGGGGAGUUCCUGUGCCGAAGAUGCUAUCGGCUCAAGCAUCUCUCCCCCACUGACCCGGUGCUAUGGCUUCGGAGUGUGGAUCGUUCUCUACUGCUCCAGGGCUGGCAGGACCAGGGCUUCAUCACCCCAGCCAAUGUGGUUUUUGUCUACAUGCUCUGCCGUGACGUGGUUUCCUCUGAGGUGGCCACAGAGCAUGAGCUACAAGCCGUGCUCCUCACCUGCCUCUACCUGUCUUACUCUUACAUGGGCAAUGAAAUCUCAUACCCUCUCAAGCCAUUCCUGGUGGAGACCUCCAAGGAGACUUUCUGGGACCGUUGCUUGUCCAUCAUAAACUUGAUGAGUGCCAAGAUGCUGCAGAUCAACUCGGAUCCUCACUAUUUCACCCAAGUCUUUGCAGACCUCAAGAACGAAUGCCAGAAGGAAGAAGAGAGGAGUCGUCUCCUCAUCGGCCUGGACCGGUGAACAGUUCUGAAGAAGUCAUUGUUGGCACUCUUGUCUGGCAUUUUCAAACUGUUCGUAAAGGAAUAUUCCAAGUUAAAUGCAAGCCAAGCUCAAUCGACAGCUUUUGUAGUAUAAUAUUGAUAACCACAAGAUUUUAUUUUGACUUCUUUUAUUGGGUUAUAAUCUGGGUUACAUUGAGGCACUUACAAUGGAAGAGAAAGGGGUCAGUCCAUAAUAGUUAAAAUACUCACUGUUUUAAAAGUAUAGCUACAAGAUAUAUGUAAUAUAAAUGUUUUUUUGUGUGUUUUUUUGUCAUUUUAGAGGAUAAAAUCACUUACCAACCUUUUAUGUGUAAAGUUAUAUCCAAUUUUACAAUAUUGUUGCCAUGACAACGUAAUGCCGUAACCCCUAAAACAACCAUAAAAAUGACCAUUUAAACAACUUUCCAGCUCAAAUAAUAUACAAGUUUUAAGAGAAGAAUGAAUAUUAGUGGUUUUAUAAGAUUAUAGCCAUCCCAUUGUAUGUGUCUCACCAUAAUCUAGAUUUUUGCUUUUAUAAAUAAAAGGAGGAACAAGUUGAACAUUUUUUUUUUUGGUAAUCAACAUUAUGCCAUAAAUGCUGUUUAUUGAGCAUCACUUGUAUUUAACCCAGAAUAUUACUUUAAAUGAGUUGAGUAAUUAAUGGGCUUAUAUUUAGUAGAUAAUGCUCACUAAUUAUGAGAUUGUUGUCUAUGUCUUUUAAAUUCACAUUCAAACAUUCAAUUUUAUAUAAAGCCACUGGCAAUGCUUCAAUUAAGGAGUUAGAGGCCAUAUGUUUGGCUUAAUAUUACAAUAUUUUAGUGAGGUUUACAUUACCUUUAGCCAUGGUAAUUGCAACAUUUUGCAUUUUAAUAAUAAUAAUAAUAAAAAUGCCAGACUUCAGUGGACCCAAGAGCUGUAAUGUAGUGAAUAUUUAAAAGCAUUGAUGAGAACUUCAAAAGAGGCAACAAGAUAAAAAUAAUAACACAAACAGCUAUGAAUGUGGAGCUGCAGAACCACUGACAUCUGGACAUGUGCACUUUGUGGUAAGAACUUUGCCAGACUGAUCCAUCAGCAACAGACAUGUGUUCUCCUGCUUUGUGUCCAUGAAACUGGACACUUGCUGGUUGAUUAAUACGGCAAUGUUGCAAAGUCUGCAAUGAAGUGCAAGUGAAAUUAUUUGCGUGUUUAUGUCUGGUGGUAUUGAACAUAGGCCACAAAAAAGGAAUAUUGGAUAAAAUUACAUUGAGAAUGGGCCAUCAUUGCACAGUGGCUGUUGAUAUACAUACUAGUGAUGGGAGAGGUCAUCGGCACAUAUAUAAAAAGACCUAGUUUAUUUUCAUCCAUACAGAGUUGAGCAAAUCUGUUGUGGUUUACAUCUCUGAAGCUUUACAGAUUGUUUUACUGUUGCCAUGUUUUCAUUUUAUUUAAUAACUGUAUUCAAGUGAAUGCAAACACAAUCUGGACGGCAAAAGAAACUUUACAUUUUUAAAGCCAACUGCAUUUGUGUUUUGGGAAUGAAACAAGAAAAAUGUACAAAUAGUUUAUUUAGCUAAAUCUGAUGAGCCAUUGUUUUGUCUUUUUGUUUUAAUCUAUUACACAGUCUAGUUUCAACAGGGGGCUGUGUACAGGUAAACCUAUUGUAAACGAAUCAAAAACAGUGCCAUAACUUUGAUGAAAAUCUUGUUUGUUCUAAAAAUACACACCAAAGGCUGGCACAAUUUGGAAUGGUGGGAUUGUCAUUAACAAUGAGUCUCUAUUGCAGUCGUAAUUUAUUGUUAUUUAUUACUUAUUUUCACACAUUUCUCUCUUGCAAUUUGAGAUUUUAGUAAUGUGUUGUAAAAAAAAAAAAGAAGGUAAAUCUGUUACAUUCAAGUAAUGCAUUUAGUCUGGUGGCUACCUUUUGGUGGAAAUGAAGAUUGUGGUUGAUGCAAAUUUGCAUUAGAAUGUAUUAUUUAAGGCUAUAGCAUCUAAAAGCUUAGUUUCAAACCAUUUGCAAAUCUGAGAAACACCAUGGGUAAUUCAUCAUAGCAACAGAUGAUCGGUUUCAAUCUCAGUAAAAAUACCUGAAACCAAUUUCUCUGUGAAGUACUGUUGAGAUGUUCUGCAUAUCAGCACAGCAAAAACUAAUCGUGAGUGAUUACUAUUUGAAAACACAAGACAAACACUGGAGAUAACAAGCUCCCUGGCAUUAAACUGGAUUAGAUGUGGUCUAUUUCUGGAGAUUAGCAGAAUUUAUAUUAGAAAAAAGAAAGCCAUGUGGACCAUCAGGGCAUAAUACACUACAGUAAAGCAGCCAACAUGCUUCUAAUGACAUUUACAUAGGGGUAUUAGUUUUUUAAACACUUGUCAUUGCCCCUGAUAGCUGCUUUAAAGGAAUAGUUCAACCAUAAUAAUAAUUAUUAUUAUUAUCAUAAUUUUGUCAAAAACAACAGGACCAGGGUUGUGGUCACCAUUGACUUUCAUUGUAUGGAAACAAGAAGCUUGGACAUCCUGUUUGAUAACUCCUUUGGUGUUAAGUAGAAGCAAGAAAGUCAUAUGGGUUUGGAUCAACAUAAUGGGUGAGUAAAUGAUGAUUGUCCAUUUGAGGGUGAACUAUCCCUUUAAAACUGUGGGCCAAACUGUACAACUGAAUAUAACAUUUGCAGCUACAUUUGUGACAUGUACUGUAAAUGAACCUGGACCAUGGUCAUAGGGGGAUUCUGCAUUAUAAAUUAUAUAUUUACCCAUUUUAAAACAUCUCAACAGUGCUAAAUUGUGCAUGCUUUCUUUCAGUAGUGAUGUCUUAAUUUUCUUUAAAGAGUAAAAAAUAGAAAAAAAAGUGACAGUCUUUUACGCAAACAUUGUCUCUGUUAACUCAUGCAAAAGCCUGUUCUUCUCAUGAUACGAAAGAUGUUUCUGAGCAGUGAGAUAGAUUGCAUUGCUUUAUUAUGUGACAGACUGUGUAUAUGAAUGAGAAGAUGGUUGAGGAAACCAAUAAUUCACUUAGUAAUGUGCCAGAAGAGGUUUAGACAUGACUACUGAUUCAGCAAUGGGGACUUGCACUUUUCUGUGAGAUUGUGUGAGUUUGCCGUGGCAGGGCUGAAGUUGGUGAGCCCUGCUUUGCUGCUUGCCUGCUUUCACUUGCCCCAGCUCACAACAAUGUGCCAUUUCUUCACUUACAUCACAGAGUCGUCCUUUGGAAAAAGUAAAACACUUAAGAGACAAGCAAAAGAUUAAAACGCCUGUCAAACUCUGUUACUUGUUGCAUAAUUCUUUGAAGAACUAAAACGACAGUGUUACAAAAACAAGGACUGCAUGAGUGUGUGAGAGUGUGAAUUUAUUUGUACAGACGAAUGUGUUGUGUGCAAGUUGAUUUUCUAGGAACAGAGCAUGGCCAUGCUUUUUAGAGGGUAAUACUCUAUAGUAUCGGGCUUGAGUUUGACAGGCAGGUGGGAAGGGGUGUAUCGAUCUGUUACCAUAUUGUUCUUUUAAAAAAGACAAAAAUCUGUUGCUGUAAUUUAAAUAUUUCAUUUUGUUUCUGCUUAUUUUUAUUUAUUUUUGUACUGUGAUGAGAAAUAAAAUGCACUGAU